CGUACGCUUUAGUAAAUCGGAUAAAAAACUGAGUAUUUUUUUUUAAGGGGUGGAGGUUGCGCAACCUGGACCGGAAGUCACAGUUGAAGUGGGGGGAGACGGGAAAACCAUGUUUUCUCGGAGAUGGUUGGGGCCAGCAGCUCCCAGAUGUGGUUUUUGAGCCAUUUAUCUACUGAGCUACUGAAAAAUCAUGUGCCCAUGAUUUGGGGUUUUCCGCUCAAUUUUUUUAACACAAACCAUGUUGUUCUUGAUAUGAACCAUUGUUUUGGAGUUGUUUUAUUUUGAAGAGAUGCUUUUGUCCCCUUUGUGAUCUUAAUUUCAUGUACAUUAGCCUACAUAGCGAGUCUCAUGUUAUUACAAAACCUGUCAACAAGUUUUUGAGGAUGAUAAAAAUAAUAAACUUCGUUCAUCCGAGUUGUCCAUGCAGAAAAUAUAUGGAAACCUGCUCUAUUGUUCACAUAUUCAGCUGUUUUAAUUUAGCUUGAUAGUAGGAUAGUGUCUUGUUUGCUUACAGCUUAAUUAACCGAUUAGCUCUUGCUGUCUUGUCUUCUGAAGUCUGUCCCGCCUUGAACCCGAUUAAAGUAGCUCCGAAGGUUGAUUAGUAAAAUAACUUUCGUUCCUCUGAAUUGUUCAUGUGGAAAAUAGAUGGAGACCUGAACUGAAGAGACUUACUAAUGUUUAUGUUUUUCUUCCUCUUUCUUUUCUCAUUUUUCUAUUAUGAUACUUCUUAUUCUUUGCAAUGUAUUCAAAUUUUUAGUUUUCAGUUCCUUAGUUUCUUGUUUCAAUUUGUCAUUUAUACGUUAUUUUCUCUCGUGUCAGUUUCUACACUAUUUUGAAGAAUUUCGCUGCUGCACUGCAUUCCUUCCAUAAUGAGUUCUUCUAGUCUUUUCAAGUCACGCUCAAUCAAAGCUCCAUAUCAAUUGAAGAACAAGAUGUGCCACAAUGAUUCCUAUGUCAAGAAAAGUAGAAGUGGUAGAAUCUUUAUGCAAAGGAAGGAGCACUACCUGCGAGAUGAUAUAUACUGCGGUGCUCCGUUUUGCAUGGUUUGUGAUUCUUCUUGUGCUGGCCUUAGUGCCGCUGCUUCCACGAUUCUUGUUGUUGACACCAAUGUCAUUCUCAACCAGAUUGAUUUGCUGGAGAAUUCGACCAUGAAUGACGUUGUUCUGUUGUCCAUUGUGCUGGAGGAGGUUAAGAACAAGAAUAUGGCUGUUUACAACCGGAUUAGAGCUAUUUGUAACAAUUCAACGAGGAAUUUCUUUGUUUUUUCAAACGAACAUCACAUGGAUACUUAUGUUAAGCAAAUGAGUGGGGAAACUAUAAAUGAUAGGAACGAUAGAGCUAUUCGAGUGGCUACUCAAUGGUAUCAGAAUCAUCUGGGUGGUGGAAUAAAGGUUUUACUUAUAACCAACGAUAAAGAGAAUAAAAGGAAGGCUAAUGAAGAAGGCAUUCAUGCAGAAACAGUUGAGUCAUAUGUCAAGUCUUUGGACAGAACUGAUUUACUUGACUUGCUAGUGCGGCCGACAUCUGAAGAUGUGGACAUGGUAGAGGUUGAAGAUCUCAGACCAUCCAAGAGGAAAAUAAUCUAUUCAGAGCAUAAGCGAAUGUCAGAAAUUACUUCUGGUUUGCACAGUGGAAUAUAUCAUCAAGGGAGACUUCGUGUAAAUUGUUGCAAUCCAUUUGAAGCAUAUGUUGGGAGUGAGAGCAUUGGUGAUGAAAUAAUUGUUUAUAGGCGCUUAGGCAUGAACCGAGCUUUUGAUGGUGAUAUUGUGGCAGUUGAACUUCUGCCUCAGGACCAGUGGCAACAAGAGAAGUCUCUAUCUAUAGCUGGUGAAGAGGAUGAGGAUGAAGAUGUUCAUCUAGCUCCAAAUAGUGCUGAUGAUGCACCUAGAACUAUUCCUCAGCAAGGUUCUACUGGAGAAAUGAAUGCUGUGUCCAGUCGCCCUUCUGGUCGUAUUGUUGGCAUUAUAAGGAGAAACUGGCAUUCGUACUGUGGAUCUUUGGAGCCAAUGCCCAUGCCGGCAGGGAGUGGUGGUGUUGCCCGUGCCUUGUUUGUCUCCAAAGAUCGUAGAAUUCCCAAGAUUCGAAUCCAAACCCGCCAACUUGAGAACCUUUUGGACAAGAGGGUUAUUGUGGCAGUUGAUUCUUGGGAUCGUCAUUCUCGAUAUCCAUCAGGGCAUUAUGUGCGAAGUAUAGGAAAGAUAGGUGAUAAAAACACUGAAAGCGAGGUGGUUUUAAUAGAAAAUGAUAUAAAUUCAGGGCCAUUCUCUUCACAAGUCCUAGCAUGCUUGCCACCAUUGCCAUGGUCAGUCUCUUCUGAAGAAUUGGCUAAUCCAAUUAGGCAGGAUUUACGUCAUAUGCGUGUCUUCAGUGUGGACCCUCCGGGCUGCAAGGAUAUUGAUGAUGCACUACACUGUUAUACUCUUCCAAAUGGAAACUUCGAAGUUGGAGUUCAUAUUGCCGAUGUGACAAAUUUUGUACAUCCUGGCACUCCACUUGAUGAUGAGGCUGCACAAAGGGGUACAUCUGCCUACCUUGUUGAGCGUCGGAUAGACAUGCUACCGAAACCUCUUACAGAGGACAUUUGUUCUCUUCGAUCUGAUGUGGAAAGGCUAGCAUUCUCUGUCAUCUGGGAAAUGACACCUGAAGCGGAAAUUAUUACUAGCAGAUUUACUAAAAGUGUAAUUAAAUCUUCUGCUGCAUUGUCUUAUGUUGAAGCACAAGCGAGGAUGGAUGAUAGUCGAUUGAUGGAUUCCUUAACUACAGAUUUGAGGAAUAUGAAUAGUUUAGCUAAGAAAAUGAGACUAAGGCGUAUUGAGAGAGGAGCUUUGACUCUUUCCUCUGCUGAGGUCAAAUUUCAAAUUGACACAGAGACUCAUGAUCCCCUUGAUAUUGGCAUGUACCAGAUUCGGGAAGCCAACCAAAUGGUCGAGGAGUUUAUGCUUGCUGCCAAUGUUUCUGUUGCACAACAAAUUGUUAAAACUUUUCCUUUGUGCUCCUUAUUAAGGCGACAUCCAGCUCCAACUAGAGAGAUGCUUGAACCCUUACUACGUACUGCUGCUGCAGUUGGUCUGCACUUGGAUGUCUCAUCAUCAAAAGCAUUAGCUGAUUCUCUUGAUCAUGCUGUGGGCGAUGAUCCAUACUUCAAUAAGUUAAUCCGCAUUUUGGCAACUAGAUGCAUGACUCAGGCAGUUUAUUUCUGCAGUGGGGAUCUUAGCCCUCCAGAAUAUCAUCAUUAUGGGCUUGCAGCUCCUUUAUAUACCCAUUUCACAUCACCUAUAAGAAGAUAUGCAGAUGUUAUUGUGCACAGGCUACUUGCUGCUUCUUUAGGGAUGUCCAAAUUACCGUCCGUAUUUCAGGACAGGCUCCAGCUCACUACCAUUGCAGACAAUUUAAAUUAUCGGCACAGGAAUGCUCAGAUGGCCGGGCGGGCUUCAGUGGAGCUGCAUACUCUCAUUUAUUUCUGGAAGAAGCCAAUAGAUGCGGAGGCUAGGAUAGUGAAAAUAAGAUCUAAUGGAUUUUUUGUGUUUGUUCCCAAAUAUGGCAUAACUGGACCUGUAUAUUUGACAAGAGCGGAAAAGGGAGGUGGAGAAUGGUAUGUAGAUGAGCAACAGCAGAAGAUUAAAAAGAUGGAUGGUAGUCUUUCAUACAGCAUGUUGCAGACAGUCAAAAUUCACAUUGAGGUUGUUGAGCCUCAGCCUAACCGGCCAAAACUUCAGCUUACUCUCAUCUAGAAGAAGUGUAUGAGCAUCGGAAGAGCUAAAUAGGUCGAUAGAUGUAUAUAAGUUUAUUAGUUAUUUUUUCCUAGUUAGGCGAUUCAUCGUUUUUCAUUUUAUAAUACUCUUUUAAUUUAUUCUUUAUUUAUUAUUUUAUUGCAUUCUUUUUUAAAGAAAAACUUACGUGAUUGCCUUGAUAAA